AUGCAGCAAGUCAUCGUGCACGAGGGGCCGCGCGCCGAGCUCGUCGAAGCCCCGAUCCCAAUCCCGGCGGUCGACGAGGUAGUGGUGCGUGUUGUGGUUGCGGGCAGCAAUCCCAAGGACUGGAAGACGUGGUGGGUGCCGCAGCCCAUCAACCAGGGCAACGACAUGGCGGGCUUCGUGCAAGCCGUCGGCUCCCAAGCCACUAGCUUCCGACCCGGCGAUCGCGUCGUCGCUUUCCACGACGUCGCUGCUCCCCAUGGCACCCACGCCGACUACGCGACUGCUCGUGCCAUGGUGACCGCCCAUCUCCCUCCAGCCGUGUCGUUUGAAGAUGCUGCCACCGUUCCCCUGGCAGCCAUGACUUCUGCCCUUGCACUCUAUCGUGGACUCGGCAUGCCCCAGCCGUGGGCUCCAGCGGACUCGCCUUUGCCGCUGCUCAUCUACGGAGGCGGUUCCGCCGUCGGCGCCUUCGCCAUCAAGCUCGCUCGUCUGUCCAACAUCCACCCAAUCAUCGCCGUUGCCGGCCGCAGCACGCCGUGGGUUGCAUCGCUCCUGGACAAAGACCGCGGCGAUGCGGUAAUCGACAACAGACAGGGAGCAGACGUCGUGCUUCAAGGCGUGCGUGACGCCGUUGCUGCUGCAGGUGCCGGCGGCAUUCGACACGCCUUCGAUGCCAUAUCCGAAGGGGACAGCAUCAAGCACACUGCCGCCGUUGUCCAACCCGGCGCCAGCAUCGCUACCACGCUCCCGGUCGAAGCCCCUGACCUGUCUCCUCCACCAACUCUAACCGUCGUCGGGGACAUCCACGGUGCCAUGGGCGAAAGGCCGGGAGCCAGGGAUUUCGGCUGCGUGUUUAUGCAGGCAUUCGCUCGCUGGCUGGCCGACGGCCGUUUGCAGCCUCACCCUUACAAAGUGUGCCCGGGAGGCUUGAAGGGAAUUCAGACAGCUCUGGAUGGUUUGAAGGAAGGCAAGGCCAGUGGCUUCAAGUAUGUUUUCCGUCUUCAGGACGGAGCUUCAGAGCAUUAG